CCCGGCUGGGGCGAGAGCGCGCAGCUGUGUCGGUGUCAGAGACCAUCUCUCCAGUCGCCGGGCCCGAAGCCCUCGCUGCGUCCGCGCCCCUCUCUCGGCGACCCGGUCACUCCGGCUCCCCGGCCUCCCGACCGUCCUCCGACCCCGGUUCCCCCGGCCCCGCGCCCCCGAGACCGCUCGUCGGCUCCCCCCACCACGCACCAGUUCCAGCUCCGCAGGCCGCCCGCCGCGCGCCGCCAUGGGGGUGGAGGGCUGCACCAAGUGCAUCAAAUACCUGCUCUUCGUCUUCAAUUUCGUCUUCUGGCUGGCUGGAGGCGUGAUUCUGGGUGUGGCUCUGUGGCUGCGUCAUGAUCCACAGACCACCAGCCUGCUCUACCUGGAGCUGGGAGACAGGCCAGCACCCAGCACCUUCUAUGUGGGCAUCUACAUCCUCAUCGCUGUGGGGGCUGUGAUGAUGUUCGUUGGCUUCCUGGGCUGCUAUGGAGCCAUCCAGGAGUCUCAGUGCCUACUGGGGACGUUCUUCACCUGCCUCGUGAUCCUGUUUGCCUGUGAGGUGGCCGCUGGCAUCUGGGGUUUCGUCAACAAAGACCAGAUUGCCAAGGAUGUAAAGCAGUUCUACGACCAGGCUCUUCAGCAGGCCGUGGUGGAUGACGAUGCCAACAAUGCCAAGGCUGUGGUGAAGACCUUCCAUGAGACGCUCAACUGCUGUGGCUCCAACACUCUGACUGCAUUGACCACCUCAGUGCUGAGGAACCACCUGUGUCCCUCAGGCAGCACCAUCCUCACCAAUCUGCAGGGUAACUGCCACCAGAAGAUCGACGAGCUCUUCUCUGGGAAGCUCUACCUUAUUGGCAUCGCUGCCAUUGUGGUGGCUGUCAUCAUGAUCUUCGAGAUGAUUCUGAGCAUGGUGCUGUGCUGUGGCAUCCGGAACAGCUCUGUGUACUGAGGCCCUGCAUUUGUGGCCACAGGGACCCCGCAGUGUCCCUCCCCCCCAUAGUGACCGGAGGCUGCUAGGGGGUCAUGGCCUUGUACAUAAUGUUUCUGUAUUACUCUGCUACACUUAGCCUUUAUACUUUUGAGAGUUUUUUUGUUCUGAACUUUCCUGUUACCUUUUGGGGGCUGACAUCCCAUAUAAGUGGCUUGUGUGAGGUGGAGCUGGUCCUGGCCUUGGGGACCCUGUGCAUCAGGGACCUUUGGGGGAGCUCUGCCUGCUGAGCCAAGGCUGCCCCAGGGACACUUGCCCAGAGGCUGUGUAGCUCAAUAAGGGGGCUGGUCUGUUGACACCCAUUCUACCCACCCUGUGGGUUGCACCGCUCACAUCUUUUUAAUUCUUGUCCCUCUCCUGCCCCCAUUUCGAGAGCUGGGUCUGUGAGCACUCGUAUGCCUUCAAUGCACCUGUCCUUUCUAACAUGUCACCUGCAACUGUAAUUACAUCUUGAAACAGUCAUUUAAUAAAGAAGGAGAAAAUCAGGCAUGCUAA